AUGUCUUCAAGGAGAAUAUUAUAUGUUAUGUUUGUAGUUAUAGUUGUGUUCGGCUUGAGAAAUAAAUGCUUAGGAGCAAGGGAUUUCAAGGACAAAUCAGUGGUUGCCUUAUCAUCACCUAAUUCUACUAAUCGUUAUGAUGUCAAUUCGAACAUGGUGGACGUUACAACAUUGGGUGCCAAGGGUGAUGGAGAGACAGAUGACACCAAGGCAUUUCUGGCGGCAUGGCAAGCAGCAUGUGAGAAGGAGUCAGCUACACUACUAAUUCCAUCUGAUUACCAGUUUCUAGUUGGCCCUCUUACCUUCUUGGGACCCUGCAAAUCAAAUAUUAUCUUUAAGGUGGAUGGAAAUGUUAUCGCUCCAGUUAAUCCAAAGGCAUGGGCAUCGAAACCGUUGAACUGGAUAAAUUUUUCAAAACUCAAUGGUAUUACUAUUCUUGGCGACGGCACUUUUGACGGACAAGGAGCAGCUUGGUGGAAGACUUCCGAACAAGAUGACACGGAUAGCAGCAAAGGUGGAAACAAAUUACCAAACGUCAGGCCCACGGCAUUAAGAUUCUACGGAAGCUACGACGUUACUGUACAGGGUAUCACAAUAAGAAACAGUCCACAAUGUCACCUCAAGUUUGACAGUUGCACUUCUGUUACAGUAGUUAAUUUCACAACUUCCUCUCCCGCAAACAGCCCAAACACAGACGGAAUUCAUCUCCAGAAUUCUGAAGAUGUUGAAAUACACCACUCCUCUCUGGCAUGCGGAGAUGACUGCGUGUCGAUACAAACAGGCUGCUCAGGCAUUCGCGUGCACAAUAUCAACUGCGGCCCUGGCCACGGUGUCAGUAUUGGAGGACUUGGAAAAGAUGGAACGAAGGCCUGCGUUACCAACGUGAGUGUGUAUGACAGCAACAUCCACGAUGCUUCCAACGGAGUCCGGAUUAAAACAUGGCAGGGAGGAAUUGGACAGGUGAAGAGCGUGUCAUUCUCCAACAUAGAGGUUUCCAACGUAAAAGUGCCCAUUGAUGUUGAUCAAUUUUACUGUGACAAAAAGGCCUGCAGCAACCAAACAUCGGGAGUAUUUAUAUCAGACGUCACUUAUGAAAAAAUCACAGGCACUUACUCUCAAACUCCAGUUUAUUUGGCUUGCAGCGACGACAUGCCAUGCACGGAUUUAAAGUUAAUAAACAUUGAACUUAAGUCAGUUGGUGCAAAUGAAAAUGAUCCCUUCUGCUGGAAUAGUUAUGGAGACCAGGAGAACGGUGUAGAGUGCCUGCAACCUGGAAGACCUCCCAAUGACCCUUCCCAUACUCAAUCACCCGACGAAAAAUGUUAA